AUGACCCGUACUCGCUCAGAGACGGCCCAGCCCCAGCUGCAAGUGCGCAACAACACUGGGCCCACGCCAGCAACCACUUCUGCCUCCACCACCACCACUACCUCCACCCAGCCAUCAGACAGCUCCACCGACAGCGGAGGCGCUGUCAAGCACCUCCCCUCAAUUCGCUUCAUCCCACAUCAAGACCCUCGAGCCGGCAGACCUUCUCUGAUAUUUCCCACCAUCACGCGAACGCUGCCCGACGAGUCGGCCGUGCUUCGUGUCGGCCGCUAUUCGGAGCGUGAUAAUGCGCCAGAAAUCUCUUCAAACACCCCAUCCGCUGCAGCGAUUGGAUUCAAGUCCAAAGUGGUCAGCAGAAAGCACUGCGAACUGUGGUGCAAGGAUGGAAGCUGGUAUAUUAAAGAUGUCAAGAGCUCGUCGGGCACCUUUUUGAAUCACAUUCGCCUCAGUCAGCCCAACGUCGAAUCAAAGCCUUUUCGCAUAAAGGAUGGCGAUAUUAUUCAGCUAGGCAUCGAUUUCCGCGGGGGCGAAGAGAUGAUUUUCCGCUGUGUUAAAAUCCGCGUUGAAUGCAACCGCGGCUGGCAGCAGGGUCUGAAUACAUUCAAUAAACAAACCCACCAAAGAUUGCGGGCCCUCGCCAAGAACAAGAAGGAAGUCACGGGCGAUGCCGCCUCUACACACACCUCCGAGUGUGCCAUUUGUUUAAUGUCCAUAGCACCUUGUCAAUCGCUGUUUGUAGCACCAUGUUCACAUGUCUGGCACUACAAGUGUAUUCGUCCCAUCCUCAAUGGGCCCACAUGGCCAAACUUUCUCUGUCCCAACUGCAGGGCGGUCGCCGACUUGGAAGAGGAUGUGGAAGACAUGGGCGAGUUUGAAGACUGGGAGGGAGACGAGGAAGUAGCCAACGGCGACACAACCACCCAUGCAAACACAGAGCAAGCCGACCGCCAUGUCACUCCUCGUGCUUCUGUUGCACCCAUGAACUCGAGCAGCUCAAACUUUGACCUCAGCGACCUCCGACAGCAAAUCACAAACAUAGAUAUCAACGGUACCGAGUCAGCCAACGGAAACACACAUCAGUCCUCGCCCGAGACACCAGAUCGUCAAAUCACGCCACCUGUGUCGUCCGCCACGGCGCCCGUCAGCAUCAACGUGUCUGGAGCAAACCAGUACGCAGGUCUGACUCCACUACAUCACACAACGAGCAAUGGCCUAGCACCCGACCGCGUACACGAGGGUCCAAUGACGCCUCGCAACAACAUCGGCCCGUUUGUCCUAGACGGUAGCGCCGGCAGGGCUGCUGGAAAUCGCCUGCACCAAGUUGAGUCGUCCUCGUCCGACUCUGACACGAAUGGAAAUGGACGACGUCCGAGCGAAGCACCCAGUCUCCCACCUGUGCGCUUUGACUAG